AUGAAGGACGUGACCGCUCCGCGCGCGAACGAUUUCGGAUCGCCACCGAGUAACCAGUUCGCAAAGCCACCUUCGCCAAACGAUUUCGCCGCAGUGAAGGAUUUCACGGCAGGCGUCGCCGCAGGGGUGGCUCUCGUCGUCACGGGACAUCCGUUCGAUACCGUUAAGGUCAAGCUGCAAGCCAGCAACGUCGCCAAUGGCACGUCGCCAGCGUCGCAGGCGUCGCUAGGGGCUCCGCGGUAUCGCUCGGCAUGGCAGUGCACGUCGCACAUUCUCCGCACCGAAGGGAUCCCCGGCCUAUACCGCGGCGCCACGUCAUCGUUCAUUGGUGUGGCAGUGGAGAGCUCGCUGCUGUUCGGCUCCUACACCCAAAUAAAGACCGCCUUGCAGAGCGGAGAGCGAUCGGCGCCCACAGCAGGCACGGUGGCGGUAGCAGCAGGGCUGGCGGGAGGGCUCAUCAGCUUCGUGCUCUGCCCCACAGAACUUGUCAAGGUGUGUUGCAAAGCGGUGGAGUGCGCUGUGGGGGAAGGGGUGUCAGGGGGGGGGGAGGCAAUGGGAGCGGGUGGGGCGAGUGAGUGGAGGAGAGUGGCAGCUGAGGCUGCUACUGCCAUUGCCAGUGGGGGGAUAGCUGGCAUUGUGUUCUGGUCCGCAGUGCUCCCAUUUGAUGUCAUCAAGACGCGAAUUCAGACGGCAGAUGCUUCGGCAUCGCCGGAGUCGCUGCGCAUGCUCAGCCAGUGCAAAGCUAUUUUAAGGGAGAGUGGCAUCAGGGGCUUCUAUGCUGGUCUCCUGCCCACACUCACUCGAGCCUUCCCUGCCAAUGCUGCGGCUGUUGUUGCCUGGGAGCUCACCUCGAGGCUGCUAGGAGUCUCCAACCCAUGA